GAUUAUCUGCUGGUCUGAAACGAGGAGUCAACCUGAACACAGGUGGGACGCGACCCGACCUUAGGACUGUACCUGACCCACCACCGUGUCUGGACGAACCGAAGCGAGUGUGGCAGAAGCAGAACUCCAGCAUCGCAGCAGUAUGAAGCUGGGUUGCAGUGAGCGUCUUUUGCACUGAGCAGUAUGGAUUCUGCUCCUCCACCCAGAGAAGACCCCAGUGGCUCAUUAGCACAGCGCUGGAGGCUAACACCCACAUAGGACGCACUUUUAGACUCUGAACCGAGGACCAGCUUCCAUGUACAGACACAGGAUCAUCUUUGUUCAUUUACAAGCAUCAGAAGAGGAAGCGAUGGCGUGAGGCCGAGCGCCACAGGUGUAGCACCGCAUUUUAUCAGCAGUCUCCUGGAUCAAGACCUUGAACCAUGCCCUGUCUGUGACCGGUGCUCCGGCAGAGUACCUGGUCCGAGGAGUGGUGGACUCUGACCAUGUCUUUACUCUGGGCCCUGAGCAUCGUCUGUGGAUCGGUGCUCCAUUUUGCAUUGGGUGAACUCGACUCUCGCUACUGUAUCCCACGCAAGACCGUCCCCUACCAGAAUGAUCUAAAGCAGUUCAGAGAAGAAGGAAUCUAUAACUACUCCACGAUGCUGAUGAGGGACGACAUUGGCGUGCUGCUUUUGGGGGCCAGGGGCGUUAUCUACGCUCUGGACAUCAACAACAUCUCUGUCAAAAAGUCAGAGGUGUACUGGAGAGUCACAGAUGAGAAGCAGAGGGAGUGCAAGUACAAAGGAAAGCAUGCUGAGGUGGAAUGCCGAAACUAUAUUCGAACCCUCCACAAAGUGAAUGAUACUACUAUGUUUGUCUGCGGAACAAAUGCGUUCAGCCCCAUCUGUGACUACAUGACAUACACCAAUGGACAGUUGAGACUGGAGGGAAAGCAGGAGGAGGGAAAGGGGAAGUGUCCUUUCGACCCCUUCCAGAGAUACUCCUCCCUCAUGGUCGGAAGUGACCUGUAUUCUGCCACAUCCAUCAACUUCUUGGGGUCGGAGCCAGUGGUCCUGCGCAGCUCAAACUUGGCCCUUCGUACUGAGUUUAAGAGCUCGUGGCUCAGUGAGCCAAAUUUCAUCUACAUGGACUUUGUGCCUGAGAGUGAAGCUAGCGCAGAUGGAGACGAUGACAAAGUCUACUUGUUUUUCAGCGAGAACGCCAUGGAGUAUGACUUCUACAGCAAAGUGGCUGUGUCACGAGUGGCGCGAGUCUGCAAGGGGGAUAUGGGCGGACAGCGGACGCUGCAGAGGAAAUGGACCUCGUUCCUGAAAGCCCGUCUGGAUUGUUCCCUCCCUGGACCCAGCCUGCCCCCAAUUGUCCAGGACGUCUUCCUGCUCAGGCAUGAGGACUGGAGGCAGAGCGUCUUCUACGCCGUCUUCACUCCACAGUCGAGUCUGUCACAGGUCUCUGCAGUCUGUGCUUACAGCGUGUCUGCCACAAGAGACAUCUUCAAUGAGGGAAAGUUCAAGACCCCGGUUGCUGUGGAGACGUCCCAUGUGAAGUGGGUGAUGUACACUGGAGAGGUCCCGGUCCCCAGACCCGGAGCAUGCAUCAACAAUGUGGCUCGGAAGAUGGGAAUGAACCGCUCGCUGGACCUUCCCGACAAAACCCUCCAGUUCAUCAGGGACCGUCCCCUUAUGGAUGAAAUUGUUCGCCCUCUCACAGGGGGGCCGCUGCUGCUCAAACAGGGAGCCUUGCUGACUCGGAUUGUUGUGGACAGGGUUCAGGCCCUGGACGGAGAGAAACACGCCGUCAUGUUUAUUGGCACUGAAAACGGUUAUGUACAUAAAGCUGUCAACUAUGUCGGCGAGAUGUUCAUCAUAGAGGAGAUUCAGGUGUUUCGAACAGCUGAGCCCAUCAGCGUCCUGCGCCUCCUAUCUCACAAGGGCCAACUUUUCGCUGGAUCAAAGUUUGGUGCCGUCCAGAUUCCCAUCAGCAACUGCAGCCGUUAUGACACUUGUGUGGACUGCAUCUUGGCCAGAGACCCCUACUGUGUCUGGGACUUGUCCAUGAAACAGUGCUCCUCAGUCUACACUUCGUCCCCCUCUGACUCAGUACAGAGUCUGAAGGAGGGAGACCUCUCAAAAUGUCCUAAUUUAGGUCCGGUUGCCGUUGUGGACGUAACACUGGUUCCAGGGAACAACAUCCGCCUGACCUGCCAGCUCCACUCCAACUUGGCGAAAGUCCUGUGGCGAUUCUCUGAUGAAGCACUUCACACCAGCAACAAAUACUACGUCUUCAGCUGGGGUCUUCUCAUCCUGAAUGCCUCCAAGUCAGACUCAGGAUUGUACUCGUGUGUCUCGGUGGAAUGGAUCGGCGGGAGGACAUACAACCGCACUGUUGCAGUUUAUCGCUUACAGCUACACACGGGGGUGGACCUCAGCUCCACUCCUGGCACUGGGGUGAAAAAUUCCACAGAGCCCUCAGAGCCUCCCAACACAGCCGCUCCAGAUCCAGAGGACCCUCAGACUCCCGAGAACCAGAGCGAAACCAGCCGAGUGGCUCGCUUAGAAGUUGCAGUGGCCCUGCUGGCGCUCCUCUGCCUGGCCUUGAUGGCUGUCAUAUUUUGGUUCUGGGGUCGAAGGCGAUUUCUCAAGCUUGCAAAGCCUUCGAAGGAGAGCGAGGUAAAGAGGCCGUCUGCCGAGUAUAUGCACAUCCCCAACAGAACUUCAGAGAUAAAGCUCUUGGGGCCUGAACCAGGGAGACCCUGUAUUGCCAACAAUAACCACUCUGUUGUGGACUUCAAAGGCAAUGGAGAGCACCACUUCACACCCAUGGCCAACAUCUCCAGCCUGGAGGGACUGGGAUUUAUAAACGAUGAGUCAGAGAUUUGACACUGCUUCAUGAUGGAGUGCACUGACUGUAUUCCAUAUGUGCACUUGGAACACGACGCAUCCUUCUGGUUUCCUCUUCCAUUUCCUCAUGGGCAGCUGCAUCUCUCAGACCCUAAUGAAACCGUUUUUAUGCAAGUAUUUUUGUACAAUGAUAAAAUUGUAAUAUAAACUGUACAGCCAACAACUUUCAGCUAUUUAUUUGUUGAAAUAUUGUUUUAUACAAUUCACGCUGUGAGGUUUGUACAUAGCAGACACUGUCACUUCCAUCUCCAGGCACAUUUCAUUUUGCCAGUGUGUGGCGACGUCUCGAAUCAGAUGUUGUCUCGUCAAAUUUCUGAAAUUGUCUGAAUUAUUUUCUGGAGAAAUCACUUCUCCUGUCAGUCAGUUUUGUACUCUGUUAUUGAAAUGUCAAUAAAAGGAAAGCUGUAUUUCAAAUUGUUGUGAUUAUGUGAUGCCUGGAAAGUUUGUUUAUUGUUUUUCAAAGAAUGAAACUGCACAUCCCAUGUGAUUCAAAAGACGACACGGACUGCACCGCCUUGUCUCCUCAGGCUCCAAAUUUGGGGGUCCUUGAUGGAAAAGGCUCUUUCAAAUUCAUCCCCAUCUUUGAAACACUCGUGAUCACGCAAAUACGAGGGGAGCUAA